UUAUCAUAUUUCAAUAUGGCUGCAUUGUGAUUACUGAUCUGCAUUUCGUCUUUGUUUUUAAUUAUUUUAUCGUUCUGUAUUCACCAUGUCUGCUCCAUCCACACGUACAACUAGACUAAGUCUCCGAAGGUCAAAGAGAAAGCUACGAAGGCGGUCUUCGUCCCCGUUACAGGGAGAAACAGCAAACGCAAAUCUUGUGAGGUCAUCAAGUUGUGAACCAGGCCCAAGCAUAGUCACACAUGGUUACCACUUGAGACGCAAGGCAUCUACAAAUGAAACUAAUGACCAGUCCCUAACUACAAAUGCUUUACCAGCCAAAAGAGCCAGACGAGGACAGACUACUUAUGCCACUGGUACAAGAAAUUCAGUGGCUGCCAGAUAUUUGCAACAAGAACUGCCAGAUGAAGUUUUACUAAAGAUCUUCUCCUAUUUGCUUGAAUUUGAUCUGUGCAGUGUGGCACAAGUUUGUAAAAGGUUUCACACUAUUGCCAAUGACCAAGAACUUUGGAAAAACUUGUAUCAAGAAGUUUAUGAGUACCAAUCUCCAUUGUUCAAUCCUGAAUUAGGAAGUUUCAAAUUUGUGGAACCACAGGAUUCGGACCAUGCCAACCCUUGGAAAGAAAGCUUCAAACAACUGUAUCAUGGUGUCCAUGUCAGGCCUGGCUUUCAUGAACAGUAUGAGGAUAAUCCAAAAAGAUACCAGGGUAGAAACAUGGUGUUCUGUGACACAAUUGACCAAGCAUAUAGCUAUGUUGAUUCUGAAGAAAUGGAACAUCCUUUAGUCUUUGUGCACUCUGGAAUAUACCAAGGGGAAUAUUUAGUCAUUGACAUGAACAUAAGCAUGAUUGGUGCAGCACCUGGCAAUGUAAUUGAUCACGUUAUCAUAGAAAGACAGAGUGAAUCUACAGUUACAUUUAUGGAAGGAGCAAAUACAGCAUAUUUUGGUCAUAUGACUGUUAAGUUCUCUCCAGACCUGACCUGUACAGUCCCCCACCACAAGCAUUAUGCCUUAGAGGUGUCCUCCAACUGUUCUCCCAUCAUAGAUCACUGUGUGAUCAGGAGCUCUUCUGCAGUUGGUGCUGCUGUGUGUGUGGUUGGAACCAAUGCAGACCCUACAAUCAAGCACUGUGACAUCAGUGACUGUGAAAAUGUUGGCCUUUAUGUCACUGAUGCAGCACAGGGCACAUAUGAAGACAAUGAGAUAAGUCGAAAUGCACUGGCUGGUAUAUGGGUAAAAAAUCAUGCCAACCCUAUAAUGAGACGUAAUCACAUCCACCAUGGGAGGGAUGUUGGAAUCUUUACCUUUGACAAUGGCAAUGGUUACUUCGAAGCUUGUGACAUUCAUGAUAACAGAAUAGCAGGGUUUGAGGUGAAAGCAGGUGCUAAUCCAACUGUAGUCAAGUGUGAAAUCCACCAUGGGCAGACUGGAGGAAUAUAUGUCCAUGAAAAUGGGAGAGGACAGUUUAUAGAAAACAAAAUCCACUCCAACAACUUUGCUGGUGUGUGGGUCACAUCAAAUAGUGAUCCUACAAUAAGGAAAAAUGAAAUUUACAAUGGUCACCAAGGAGGUGUUUAUAUAUUUGGAGAAGGGCGAGGUCUAAUUGAAGGAAACAAUAUCUAUGGUAACGCUUUGGCUGGAAUCCAAAUUCGGACAAAUAGCAACCCAAUAGUACGUCACAAUAAAAUUCACCAUGGGCAACAUGGGGGAAUUUAUGUGCAUGAAAAGGGACAAGGUUUGAUAGAAGAAAAUGAAGUUUAUUCAAACACACUAGCAGGAGUGUGGGUGACCACAGGAAGCACACCUAUUCUAAGAAGAAACAGAAUACACAGUGGAAAACAGGUUGGUGUCUAUUUUUAUGACAAUGGCCAUGGGACAUUAGAAGAAAACGACAUCUUUAAUCAUCUAUAUUCUGGAGUCCAGAUAAGGACUGGUAGCAACCCACUCAUCAAGAAAAACAAGAUAUGGGGUGGCCAGAAUGGUGGCAUUCUUGUCUAUAAUAAUGGCCUCGGGGUAAUAGAACAAAAUGAAAUUUUUGACAAUGCAAUGGCAGGUGUGUGGAUCAAGACAGACAGUAACCCCACUCUGAGGAAGAACAAGAUCCAUGAUGGCAGAGAUGGUGGGAUAUGCAUUUUCAAUGGAGGAAAGGGUAUUCUGGAAGAAAAUGACAUCUUCCGCAAUGCUCAAGCAGGAGUCCUGAUCAGUACCCAGAGCCACCCCAUCUUGAGGAAAAACAGGAUAUUCGGCGGAAGAGCAGCUGGAGUGGAAAUCACUAAUGGUGCAACAGCAACUCUAGAGUUCAACAAAAUUUUUGACAACAAGUUUGGAGGGUUGUGCUUAGCAAGUGGAGUUCAUCCUUCAACUAAAGAAAACAAAAUAUUUGGCAAUCACAAUAUGGUAGAAAAAGCUGUAGCCACCGGCCAGUGCCUUUACAAAAUCUCCAGUUGCACCAGCUUUCCCAUGCAUGAUUUCUACAGGUGUAGGACAUGUAACACCACAGACCGGAAUGCUAUAUGUGUGAACUGUAUUAAGUCUUGCCAUGCUGGUCAUGAAGUGGAAUUUAUUAGACACGACAGGUUUUUCUGCGACUGUGGAGCAGGGACACUGAACAACUCGUGUACAUUGCAAGGAGAGCCCACACAGGACACUGACACUUUAUAUGACUCUGCUGCACCGUCUGAGACACAUACAUUGAUGGUGAAUUAACAAGAGAUGUCCAUAAUGCAUAACGCCAACUGCCUUUGGAGAAUUUUCCGAAAGGGUGGGAGAUACCAUCGCUUGUGUGCAACAAGGUCUAAUCAAACAUGAUUAUUGCAAUAAAGAGGAUGAGAAAGAACUGGAAACAGAUUGAUAGAGGAUUUUGGCAGUGGGGUGUUGGGAUUAUUGUUGUGCAAUCAAGAUUUUACUUUUACAAGUCAACAGAAAAUAUACAUUUACACACACAUUCACCAGAUAUAUACAUACAAACACAACUUUAUAUAUAAAUAUGAAUAUUUGUGUAUACUGCCAAGAUGAGAGUGCUAUAAAGAAUCAAACGAAGUCUCCUCUUUUACAGGAGAUUUUGAAGGCCCCUGUUUGGUAAAGUUUGAUGAAAUGCUGUUUGCAGUUCACAGGGUCUGGUGUGAAUAUUGUACAAAUGUGCCAGUAGCUGUAGGUUGUUGCACUCACAAAGUGUGAUUGGAGUGAAAUGUUUUGGUGCUAGUCCAAGAGUAUUUAUGUUAUAUCUGUGUGUUGUGUGUAAGAUUGCCUUUUACUGUGAAAGGAGAUCUUAAAAGAAAAGAAAAAAUAAAUUAAAAAUUAGGGUGAAAGUUGCCUUAAAACUAGUGAAAAUUUUAAGGAAUAUUAUUAUGCACUUUUUUGUGCAACGAUAUGUUAUAAUUCACUUUAAUGAAAUAAUACAUGCACAUUUACAAUGCUGAAUGUGGAAUUGACAUGUUGAUAAAUGCAUUAUUGGUUUAAUCAAUUCCCAGCUAUAGACUGUUUAGUUUAUUCAUCUGGAAUUACCACUGUAUUAGUUGAAUCAUGCUAAUAUAAGUUUUCAAGGGACUUGUCAUUGUUAUUGUAUAACAUCUAUUUACAGUAUAAUAUCACUGUUGUUACCAUUUUAUAUCAGUGCAAUGACUGAGUCACUUAUUAAAAUCCACCUCAGAAUACAUAGGUUAUUAAAAAUAAUGAAUAAUACUUCAUUAUUUCUAACAGAAGCAAGAACUACCAACUGCUGAACAAGGAGUUAUAACAUCCCAGAAAAUGAGUUUUAAUAUGUUUUCAAGUGCACUGUACUUGUAUUUCAUUCAUUGUUGCAAAUAAUGUUGCAGCUUGGAUAUAUAGCAAUCGCAUUGAAGAGGUUGCAGUUUUUUUAAAGCGACAUGUAGUAUCCUUUUCAAAAAGGUUACAUGAAUGGUAGUUCUGGAAUACUUGACCUUAGCAGUAGAAUCGGUUUCUUUCCCACAAAUUUAAGGAUUUGAUUUCUUUCCCUUGCACAGAAAAAACAGCAUUGGGAUUUUUCAUUUUCAUUCUUGUAUAAAACCCAGAUCCAAUAGUUUGUUGUAUUGAACAUGUUAUGUCUUCCACCACAAUAACCCCCCCCACCUUCUACCCUUCUAUAAUAAUAUGCACACGUAAAGAUUGGCUUUGUAGCUGUGUACAUUGUAACUGAACAAAUUAUUUUUCUGUUCCAUUUUUCUAACUAGUCACUUUGACAUAGGAUUGGCACUCUCCUUUCGAUUAAUAGAUAUUUUUACUGUGAUUGAUUCUACCUUAAAACAUGGCUUUCUUUGGAUAUUUUAGUCUAGAUGGAGAAAAGGGAAAAUCUUUCAAACAUCACAACCCACCUUAAAAACCCACUUAAGAGUGGAGCUGACUCGCAGACAAAUUUUAUUGAAAUGGGUUUAAUUUAUUAGAUGAUAUUACAUGUUAUUUGUGAGAGAGUAUUUUAUGUACGUGGUUGUGUUGAAAGAGUUGAUGCCUUGCUGUUCAACACCAAGAGUUUUCUAUUUUAAAAUGGAUCAGAACUAAAGGGGUUCUUGUACUAAUAAAAGGGUCCCCAUUUGUACUCUCUUAAAGGUAAAGGGGAGUUGCUUGCAUUGCUACUGCUGUCUUCUUGCCUUGACGUUCUUGGGUGUUUAACAGUUUAAUGAUGUGGUUGUUUUUGUUUUGUUAUUGAGUAUAACGUGGUACUGCAGCUCUGUACAGCUGUAGAAUAGCUUUUGACUUUACAAUAAUAUACUGAAUCCACAUAUAUUAAACUUCUGUUCAUGAGUAAUAUUCAAUUUAUUUCCACUCAAGUAGAUUGACAAUGACUGGGAAGUUCAAUAUGUUUACAAUGCUUAUUUGCCUCUUUUCACUUCUGUACAGCUUUUCCCCCAUGUAAUAUGUAGCAGUGUAAAUACAUGUAGCAGUCAUCACAACUGCAUAUUUGACAGAAGAUACUUAUUCACAGUAUUGAACAUGUAAAGGAAGCAGCUACAAAUAAAAAUAUGAAUGGA